AUGAUCAAUUCAAAACACCUCUCCGCCUUAUUUCGAAACUUUGACUCGAGCAACAUGAAAUAUGUCAAAUUGAGAAUUCACUGGUCCGAAAAAGCAGCAGCUAACCUAAAAUAUAAGCUACUCAUUGAGAUACUUAACAAGAAGUUGAUAAUGAAAAAGUACCAAGCGGGAUACCUACCAACUACGAGAAAAGGUGUUCAAAUUGCAAAGGAAUACAAAGACUCUUUUUAUGAACAAGAGAACAACAACAACAAAGAUGUCAGGCGAAAAACUCAUCAUAUAAUGAUCGAUUUGGUGAUUCCAAAAGAGUUUCUCGAAAUGGUACCCUCAGGAGCCGAAGACUUUAAAAUUGAUAUCAAGAAUGAAAAAGUUCUGUUUGGAGGAUACACUAAAGAGGUGAUCAAAGACCGGGAUUAUAUCAAACAGCCAAUGGCAGUGACAGUUACAAUAAGUCUCGACGAGCUAGCCGAUAGCAAUCUUAUAAAUCCUGAUGAGCCACCCAUGCGAAUGUUGCUCAAUUUUGGAAUGCGAGACUUUAAAAACUUUUUAAAUUUGGCGGGCGUUUUCGCAACUGCGUCUGCUGCACAACAAUUUGAUGAAGAGUACGCAAACAUAGGCAACAGCAAUGACUAUUUCCAUAUUUACUUUAGAAAUCCUGGAGAUCCUAUUUUGUUUGAUUUGCAAAACAGCCAACAUGUCGACGUGCAAUUCAUUCAAAUUACCGCCUGUGACGAUAAGCCAGUUGAAAACGAAAUCGAGGUUGAUGCACGGGCCUUGCGGCGAAAGCUUUUAUUGGAGAAGCCUGUUGUGCAUUCCCUUGUAGAAAAUUCCGUUGAAUACAACGAGGAAAAAGACCAGCACCAACUGAUCUCAUCACCAGAACCAUCCAUGCGGUUUGCUUUUGGAAAACUACCACAAAGGCAAAAGGAUAAGCUAGAGAUAUCCAAUUUGACACAGCAACAACAGAGACGGGGCCAUAUGCCAUCAGAAGUGUUUGAAGAUGUGAUUACUUACAAUCAAGGUUCGCUAGAGCCAGCAUCAAGGAAUGACGACACAGAAUACAGCGAUUCAGAGGAAGAAGCCAACGAGCCACCGCUAAAAAGAAGAUUGAUUGAAGAUGAGGAGCUAGGGCCCACACAGGUUGAAAAACCAAAAUCCAUCUUCUAG